CCCGGUGCUUUUUCACGGCGGAACUUAUCCUCGGUGGUUGUGUUGCCACGUCGAAAACACAAGUAGCCGGUUUUUGUGUGGGGGAUCUCUUUUUUGGUAACUUGCUACACGCGAAACCUAAUAUUUAGACAUGGUGUCCGUCAUUAACACUGUGGAUACCUCCCACGAGGACAUGAUUCAUGAUGCUCAGAUGGACUAUUAUGGCACAAGACUGGCAACCUGCUCCUCCGAUCGAUCUGUGAAGAUCUUUGAUGUUAAGAACGGUGGCCAGAUUCUUGUGGCAGACUUGAGAGGACAUGAAGGCCCUGUGUGGCAAGUGGCCUGGGCACAUCCAACCUAUGGCAACAUCCUGGCCUCGUGUUCGUACGACAGAAAAGUGAUCAUCUGGAAAGAAGAAAACGGGACGUGGGAUAAAAUGUAUAAGUACACAGGCCACAACUCCUCAGUGAACUCUAUUUGCUGGGGACCCUACGACUUUGGUUUAAUCCUGGCUUGCGGAAGCUCCGACGGUGCCAUCUCCAUUCUGACCUACACUGGAGACGGGCAGUGGGACAUUAAAAAGAUCAACAAUGCACACACUAUUGGCUGCAAUGCAGUGAGCUGGGCUCCAGCUGUUGUUCCAGGCAGCCUCAUAGACCAGCCUUCGGGACAGAAACCCAAUUACGUUAAACGAUUUGUCUCAGGAGGAUGUGACAACUUGGUCAAGCUAUGGAAAGAGGAGGAUGGUCAAUGGAAGGAGGACCAGAAACUGGAAGCCCACAGUGAUUGGGUGAGAGAUGUAGGCUGGGCUCCUUCUAUUGGUCUUCCUACCAGCACCAUUGCCAGCUGCUCUCAGGAUGGUCGCGUCUUCAUCUGGACAUGUGAUGAUCCCUCUGGAAACACCUGGACCGCUAAACUCCUGCACAAAUUCAACGACGUCGUUUGGCACGUCAGCUGGUCCAUCACCGGAAACAUCCUGGCUGUGUCUGGAGGAGACAACAAGGUGACUUUGUGGAAGGAGUCUGUGGGCGGACAGUGGGCUUGCAUUAGCGACGUAAAUAAAGGCCAGGGGGCCGUGACCUCCAUCACAGACGGCCAGCAGAACGAGCAAUGAGACGGAACCCAGUGAAGAUGGGUUUACAGACGGAUGAAUUCAUUAAACCUCAGAGACUUUCUUAAUCCAAUAACCAUCAUUCCCCCCAACAACCAGUAAAUCCAGAUGGCCAGAAUAGUCUGCACUACUUUUCAAUCAAAUUUUUUUAACUCAAAGGUAAUAAUAUGUUCACUAUGAUUGAUUACUGCCUUGCAGCAGUGUUUGAAAUGCAGGAUUUUCUGAUAUGUCUUUUGAAAGUCACUUUAAUAAGCAUUGUGAUUGAUGAUCUGAAGGUUCAAAGCCCAGAUCUUGUAUUUAAUAUCUUAAAUUGAGAGUUAAUGAUAUUUUGUUUGAAAUUAGCUUACAGUGCCACUGGAUUAAAAAAAUAAAGUUUUAUAAUUAUA